AUGGCGAUUGCGCUCAUCAGCUCGAUCGCAGUCGCUGCACCUAUCGACAACAGCCUUAUGAACGAGCUCGCAGAAGCAAGCACUCUCACUGAAAGAAUCAAUGAGAUUGAUCCACGCCAACUGGACAGUGUUACUGGCCUGCUCGCACCCGUCACGGGCGAGGCAGCUCCCGUCUUGAGCGAGGCAGCUCCCGUCUUGAACGAGGCAGCUCCCGUCUUGAGCGAGACAGCUCCAGUCUUGAGCGAGGCAGCUCCCGUUGAAGGUCUCGUCCAAGGUCUCAAGGCACGACAACUGAACAGUCUUCUUACGCCAGUCCAAGGCCUUACAGGCAACUUGGGUGGUGCGCUCCAACCAGUCCAAGGUCUCGCUGGCGGGUUGACAUCUGGUGGUCUCAAAGGACUGGUUCCUAUCCCUGGAAACCCACCGCAAACAAGCUCAACUUUGAUCUAG